CUACUAACUCAGUAUUCGAAAUAGUAGUUGAUUGGUUCUGCUUGAUUUGUAUGCGUAUUUAAGUUUUACAAAGGAAUAUCUGGGCCGGAUAUAAAUUCUUUGGGAUUGUUUUGAGAAGUUAGUGUUUACCUUUAAACAAAUUUUGAGUGGCGCAGAAAUACAGACCCUUCUGUUGUUCUGGAUGUGGAGUUUAAAGUAGUGUCCUCGGGAGGGAAGCAAGAGUUUUCAGAAAUUUUCUCUUUUAGCUGUCUGAUUUCUCUGUGCUUUGAUGCUGAGAGAAGGGAGUAAAAGGAGACAAUUGAUCUGUUAUUAACUAUAGUCCUUGCAUAGUCUCAUUUUGCAGACAUGCAAGUGGUAAAGUCUCGAGGUCCAUCUUCAGGUUUGGGAAAUUUGUCCUGGAUUUAUGGCUAAUCUGGCCACGUUCUAAAAACCAUUAGAAUUAUAGAAACGUUUAGAAAUUCCAGUGAGCUGCAUCCUGUGAGUUUGUGUACCAGAAGAUGUGUCUGUUCCUUGCUUUAGGGUUGCUAUAAAAUCAAAUGUGAAAAUUACUCUUAAAAGCACCUCUUUAGUGCCUGGUAGCUGGAAUUGACAUUCAGUUAAUGUUUUGUUUGACACAGGGAAGGUGAAAUGAGGGUGAAAAAUGUAGGCUAACCUUGUUUUGAAGUUGAUUUUGACUUUUUGAGAUGCUAACAGCUUUCUGUUCUUUGCAAAUCAAGUACAUUGUUCAGUAAAAAUGUUUGACAUUGCAAUUGUCUGGCAAAGUUACAUUUGGUAUUUAUUCUAUUUUAGAUGAAGGGGUGCUGGACAAGGACUGAAAAUAAGUCUUUGUCUUGGAUAGACAGAUGCAACCAUGGAAAUGUCUGGCUUGUAAAUAUACGUGUGUUUGCCUGAGAACUCAGAGGUGGAAACCUAAAUAAUAAUUUUUGCAAGCAGCCUUUAACUUAAUGAAUAAAAUUAUCUUAUGCUUUCUGUUGUCCUUCUGUCCCACCCCUGCUGCCAACCCCCUUUUUUAGUCAUUUGGGACUGACCCAAGCCUCUGUUUAGCUGUAUUGUAAAUUUUUAUAACUGGCAAUUUUUAACAGGCUUCUUAACACUGUUGUACUUGAUAUUCCAGAAUCUACCAGCUAAGGCAGCUUUGUAUUAAUGGGAGAACUCUGAAAAUUAUCUAUUCUUCUAGGAAAAAAGGAUGGAAAUACUGAUGUUUGACCUCUGGUGCCAGCACUGAUAUUCUUCAGAUACAAACUUAAAGCCAACACAGCCGAGAGCUUCAACUGGUUUGGACUUUUAUGUCAACAGAAUGGUUUACCAUGUUCUGUUACUGGGGAUUCCUUGUUGCUGGUGAUGGGUGAGCCUGAAAAAAUACAGCUUAACUUGUACAUCAUAGGCUCCUCUUUAGCCCAUUGUGCUGAAGACCAGAGGUUCUGCCUCAUCAGGAGUCUCUGUUAGCGAUUCAAGUUGACUGGAGAAUGGAAGGGGUUGAGUUUAAGGAAGAGUGGCAAGAUGAAGAUUUUCCAAGGCCCCUGCCAGAGGAUGAUCCUGUUGAGUCUGAUGCAUUGGCUGCAGCUGGAACAGAAAGUGAAGCUGAUACAGAGGGUAAUGGAACCAAAUUGAGGAAGAAACUAAUGGCUCCAGAUAUUAGCUUAACUUUGGAUCCCAGUGGGGAAUCUGUUUUUUCUGAUGACUUGGAUGAGAGUGGAGAGAUUGAUUUGGAUGAUUUAGAUACUCCUUCAGAAAACAGCAAUGAAUUUGAAUGGGAAGAUGAUCUUCCAAAACCAAAAACUACUGAUGUCAUUAGGAAAGGAUCACUGGCUGAGUACGCUGUGGCAGAGGAGAAGGAUGAUGGUCGGCGCUGGAGAAUGUUCAGGAUCGGGGAACAGGACCACAGGGUGGACAUGAAGGCAAUUGAACCGUACAAAAAAGUUAUCAGUCAUGGUGGUUAUUAUGGUGAUGGGUUAAAUGCCAUUGUUGUGUUUGCUGUUUGCUUCAUGCCUGAGAGCAGCCAGCCUAACUACAGAUACCUAAUGGACAAUCUAUUUAAGUAUGUAAUUGGCACUUUAGAGCUGUUAGUAGCAGAGAACUAUAUGAUAGUUUACUUGAAUGGUGCAACAACACGGAGAAAAAUGCCAAGUUUAGGAUGGCUUAGGAAAUGUUACCAGCAAAUUGACAGAAGAUUAAAGAAAAAUCUGAAAUCAUUGAUCAUAGUUCAUCCUUCCUGGUUCAUCAGAACACUCCUGGCCAUCACAAAACCUUUUAUUAGCUCAAAAUUCAGCCAAAAAAUUAGGUAUGUCUUCACCCUGGCAGAACUAGCUGAACUGAUCCCCAUGGAAUACGUUGGCAUCCCAGAAUGCAUAAAACAGUAUGAAGAAGAAAAGUUUAGAAAGAAACAGAAAAGAGUUGACCAAGAGCUGAAUGGAAAGCAAGAACAGAAAAGUGAACAGUAAGUUUGGAGUCCAAACAAGACUGAAGAAUACGCAGAUGGAACAUUGCCAUUUGUGCUCUAUUACAGUGCAUUCUCUGUGUCUGUGUAUUGUAUAAUCUGUUGCAAAAGGUGCUUUGGACUAGCACCCAGUGAACUGCUUACUGCUGUAUUGGUUUGUCUUGACUUUAGUUGCUGUUUAUGUAAUCGUUUUAUACUGCUAAAUGGCAAAGAACCCUAUGUUUUCAGAGGAUGUUCUUGCAACUGUUUAUCUAAAUGAUGCAUGUUCUUCAGUAAAAUAUUUAUAUACCUAAAUGUUAAAGGAAAGAGAUAAUAUAUAUAUUUUUAUGACUGAGCAAUAUAUUGUGUGUACCUGCUGAAGGAAUUCAUUUGCAGGUAGACAAGGCUAUAAGUUACUUGUUAUUGUAUAAAUCUGUUUUGCUGUAAAUGGUCAAGUGCAUUUCUUUGUUGUCAUGAAAACUUGUUUGGAUGUUAACAAUCACAUAACUUGGCUUUCACAAAUACAGAGAUCCUUAUUUUUGUUCACUUAACCUUAUAGAAGCUCACUCCUUUACCUCAGUGAGCUUCAACUUUGGUGUCUUUCAGUCCAUCAUUCAGGAUGCAGAACUGCAGCUCUGUGCGUGGCAGUUGGCCAUGAGGUUUAAGCCUAAGCCACAAAAGCUGAACUGUCUGACUGGUAAGAUACCAGACCUUCUUCAGCUGAAGUUGUGAAUUUAGAUUCUGCUUCAGUACGUCAAGACUGUCUCAGCUAGAAGUAGGAAAUUAGUUCACUGCAGUUCUUCAUGGAUGAAUCUUGAUUGUUACUGGUAGGAACUCUGUCAUGCUCUCUGGUUCAUGGUAGUACUUGGGAGCCACACAGCUAUUCUAGCCACAACACCAUUUUUUGGGGCAGAAAUAUGAGAAGUCUUACACUACCUGUGUCAUUCUUGUAGAUGAAACAUCCAUUUCUAAAGCUAUUAGGCACAUGAUACCAGCACUAAUUGAACUUUUAAGAUGUGUUUUAAAGGUUGGGGUGUUUUCAUUCCCUGCAAUGGUGGUAAAUCCGUGUCUGUAAAUAGGUUUUCUUGGACACACAACUAGUGUGUUUAGGUUUACUGGGAUAACAGUAAUGCACUGGUUGAUACCUUGUAAAAGUUUGUAACAUCUUUUGAUAAACAUUGCAUUUUUCAUGUAAGGGCAGGUGUAUGCAAAUAAAUUCAUUCAGGAGUUGAGCAAUAUAAUGUUGUAGCAAAUAUAUUAAAUCUUUGCUUUUGGUGUUUA